CAUGUCUUCUCUCCGUGCCGCUGACACAGAAAGCGGGUUUCGCACACGCCAGUUUUGUGUGUGAAUCUGCCGGAUAGCUGCUCGAGGAGUUGCUCCCGACGAAUACCAGGGGCGGACCCCAUCGGCUGUGUGUGCUUCCCGCUUAGCGUACGCCACGACGCUCAACGGCGGCUGGCGUCAACAACAAACGUUUGUUAAACGUCACAGUCCAUGGGCCAUCGAUUCUUAGGUGAUGCCAGUUGAGCGCGCAGACGUGCAAGUCUCCAGGAUGCCCGUCCCAUCGUCGCUCUAUCCCCGCUCCUCUUCCUAUUACUCUUCCUCCCUGCGCUCCACCAGCCUCGAUCGAAGUUACUCGUCGUCCUACAGGGAGAUCAGCUCUUCGUACACGUCCCGGUUACCUCCACGUCCUACCAUCGGCAUAGAGCGAAAGGGCGUGAGCGACCUGCCCCGUCUCCCGUCGCGUGCCAUGUUCGACGUGUCUUCUACCACCCGUCGCCUCAUCCGACAACGCUCCGGAGAUGCCAUCACCGAAGUGGGUUCUCCAGUGCUAACUCGCUAUCGCGACCUUGGCGAAAAUGGCAUCGCUUCGUCGCGCGCUUCGUCCCGUGCUUCGUCUCCCGCUCCAACGCUUCGUUCUCGUGCUUCGUCUCCAGCUCCAACAAUUCGUUCUCGUGCUUCGUCUCCAGCUCCCAUCAUCCGCUCGCGUGCUUCGUCCCCUGCUCCCGUCCUCUCCCGUGCUUCAUCGCCCGCACCUACGCGUCGACUGCUGAUGAGGUCCGACUCCCUUCUUGACGAGAACAGCAAUCGGUACACGCCAAGGAUUCGUCGUGACUCCAACCAUAACCUGUACUGUCCCAACAGUCCUGGAAGAGACUCUGGACUGUCCUCACUGUCAACGUCGCGGUCCAUCUCACCGGCUUCGUCGAGACACUGGAGGAAUUUGGGAUCGUCGACGAGUUCUGUUGAUUCUGGAGGGUCUUCGUCCUCGGAAUACUCACCGGCGCUCAGAAGGUCGCGGAGACUGUCGGGCACCUCGGAAGAAAGCUCCAGUGGGGUGAGCGUCGGGAGUACAAGGUCACGUGACCGCCUGGACAAGGCACCUCUGGGGUUGAGGAACCUUGGCAACACUUGUUUUAUGAACUCCAUCAUCCAGUGUCUGGCCCACACAAGAUCAUUGCUUGAGUACUGCCUUAAGGAUGGCUACAUCUCCGAAAUAAAUACUACCACCUCUUCCAUGAAGGGAGCCCUUAUUGAAGUGUUUGCAAAUCUUCUCAAGUCCAUUUGGCGAGGCACCAACGGAGAGUAUGCAGUCAGCCCUCACGCUUUUCGCAGCCAAAUUCAAAAGUUUGCACCCCGAUUUAUGGGCUAUAGCCAACAAGAUUCUCAGGAGUUCCUUCACUACCUUCUUCAGGGACUCCAUGACGAUGUCAAUCGCAUCACAUCCAAGCCGAGGCACCUCACCACGGAGAUCGAUGAUAACCUUAGUGAAUCUCAAAAGGCUGCCGAGUCAUGGAAGCGCUACCUGCGUUACGAUGACAGCAAAGUUGUGGAUUGCUUUGUUGGCCAGUUGAAGAGCACCCUAAAGUGCAGCUCUUGCGGACACAAGUCUGUAACCUUCGACCCUUUUUGGGACCUCUCGCUGCCUAUCCCAAAGAGCUCAGAUCCUGUCACAGUACAACAGUGUCUAAGUUUAUUCACCAAAGAAGAAAUCCUAGAUGGGGAUGAGAAACCUACGUGCUCCCAUUGCAAGUCUCACCAAAAGUGUACAAAGAGCUUCACCAUCCACAGAUGCCCCAAAAUUCUUGUUCUACACCUGAAACGUUUCUCUCCAAGCGAGCGUUUUAGGGCAAAACUGAACACAAGGGUGGACUUUCCCAUCACAAGCCUCGAUCUCAGCCCAUACAUGUCAAGCACUGGUCAGCAUGCAGUGUACAAUUUGUAUGCUGUGUCUAACCACAGUGGCUCUACAUACUCUGGUCACUACACUGCCACCUGCUUGCAUCCGAAAUCAGGGGAGUGGCACGAAUGCAAUGAUACUAAAGUGACGGAAGUGAGCGCAUCGCGGGUGGUGUCCGCAGAAGCCUAUGUCCUCUUCUACGAGUCAGCAACGCAGUCUUCGCGUCUCUGAAGGCAGCCUCCUGCAGCACUGAGCCGAUGGCGGCUAAGUGCUGCAUAGUGAGAAAAACUGAAAGUGGCACGCAACAGUGUCAUCAAAAUCUCAUCUCACGCUCUCUACCCCCCUCCCCCCGCAGACUGUGUGCGCGUGUGGACGUUGCUGCAUGAGCUGGCCGUGAAGCUUUAGCCGUGAACCAUCGUGGUGUGUGAUGAAGGUGAAGACAGUGUUAUUUAAAGAAAUCACUAACGCUUAAAAAGUGCUCGGAUAUAAAUUGUUGUUUGGCACUCUGUGCAUUAAGUCAACCAAGAGUGUUUACCGUCACUAUGAAGAAUUCAAAAUGUAGAUAAGGUAGCGAUUGACCGUGAGACGUUUGAAAAUUUUCUAUGCUUUUGUAAGGCACAGACGUGCCUUCUGUUUCUCUCGUACGGUAUUUACUUGCUUUUGGUUCUUGAAAGGGUUUUUGUUAUGUUGCAGUGUGUCCACCAAGUCAUGUGCCAGGGGGAAGUGAAACAUCACCCCCCCUUGACAGUGCACAAAAUAUUUUAACGAUGGUGGCUACCACUAAAAAGUACGGGCAUUAAAGAGUUCACCCAUUGUAUUUGGUAUUACAAAUCAGAAAAGUAAAGCAUGCAAUAGUUAGACUGGCAACUAACUUUUCAAAUAAUUAACUUUCUGCAGUCUCGCCUUUCCUUUUUAUUAUUAUUAUUAUUAUUAUUAUUAUUAUUUUAUGUUAGCUUUUACUUUGGUAGCCAGUCUUCCAGCCACAUUGAGACCCCUUCACUUUCUUUUUCAAUUAUUUUUUUUACCUUGGCCUUCCAUACAAGUUCGGUGCUGGCAGCAAUAUUUUACGCGAAGUUACCAAUGUUUUUGGAAAGCAUUGCACGAUUUAACCAUAACCUGUAAAAACGAGUCUCGGUUUGUCGGCCCCGUACAUCUGCAGUUAUUGCUCCAGGCAAUUAUUUUUCCCCUUUUGCAAGGUGCAGCUAUGAUCAUUCAGCAGUGUGGACGUCUUGACAUAAUAAAAUAUGUACAUAUGUAUUUAGAAAAAUCGAUUUAAAAUUGAUGUAUUCACUGUACAAAGGUUAAACGAUGAACUGUUAGAUUAUCUGAUUAAAAGGUGAUGGUUAUAAAGUAGAGAGAAGUAUAAACACAAAACUUUGGUCAACCAUUUUAGCCAUGUUCCCACACUUGAGUUGUUCAAUUCCAUUUAGUUCACGCGGUUGAUUUUCUGUGCUGGCUCAUAAGUGCUGAAAUACUUGAUGCCUCGAGAAAAAAACGUUUUGAAGAAGAGGUAACAUCCCUUUUGUGUGGCCCUCUAAUUUUAUGCUGUAAUCUUUACCAGUGUACCAGAGAGUACCAGAAUACCAGUGAUGUUACGCAGGUGUUGUUGUUGGAAGUGCUGCAAAAAUCAAUGCACUAAAAUGAACAGGAUUAAGUUUAUGUAACAGAGUCUACUAUAGGGUGUUACUCUUCAGUGAUCACUAGUUCUAUAGUGAUUUAACAUUGAGUAUGUCUCACACUUUUUACUGUUGUUGUUGAAGUUUAUAUGUUUAUAUCUGUUCUUCAGCCGGUGCUUGAUCACAUAUCAAUCAUGCAUGAUCACUGCUUGUGAUUGCUACUGCACAAGAAAAUUUGGUAACCUUCCGUGUCAAGUCUGUCUGCUUCAACUUGAUUGCUGUGAGUAAACACUCCAAAACUGAGA